CUGCGAGCAGUCCAGAGAGAGAGAGAAUAUGAAUUCCAGUGUCCUAUAUUGUCCUGACAGAGCACAACUGCUUGUAAAAGAUCAAGUGUAAAAUUGUCGGGAGGAGGCCAUAGGUCAAGUCAAGAGCAGAGCAGAAACCUGGAAGAAACGUACUGCAGACCGGAACGUAGCUUCGUUUUCAGGGGUAGGUUUAAAUCUGUAGUGCGACAAUUGGCAGAUGCAGCUGCUACCGCUACCCAGGCUCUAUGAGUCCCCGCCUUCGGUCUUAAAGAAUUAUUUUCCAUGUCCGUACUCGUGGCUCUGAAUUUUCCUGUGACUUCAGGAAUGCAGGUUCAUGCACUGUGGAUCCCAAUCUGGAGGCCCCUUCUUCCUUCGUGUCGCUCACUCUCCCUCUCCCUGCUGCUACUGCUGCUGCUGCAAGAAGAUCGAACGCAGAGCCAGUGACAGGACAAGGAGGAGGAGGAGGAGGAGGAGAAGAUGAGGCUGUGAAAACGCGUGAAUCUCUCCGAGUGCCAGCCAGUUGGACAUGGACAGGGCGGGCGGGCAGGCAGACAGGCAGAAAUGUCUCCAUCUGCCAUUGGAGCCGCAUAUAAUGGGCGCUCGAUCGCCUGUUUCUACAUGUCUCCUCCUCCUCCAGUCCCUUGUUACAGCACGCAUCAGUCAGUCAGUGUGUGUAUGAUGCUCUUCAGAGGGCAGGGUUCGGGUUUUACGAGCUGAGAUUUUGUUACUGGAUCCAUGACCUCGUCGCUGGAGAGGGCCUCCCUUGGCCCAUUCUCUCCCUCUGUGCUCCAUACUGUUCCCGAGCAGAUCUCCGUCUGGGUCUUACAAUUCUCCUCUGAAAUUUAUCGGGAAUUAUUUUGCAUUUGACAAGAUGCAUUGUCAAUUCAAUUCAGGGGAUUCUUUCUCAAGUACGCAAUAUUCGUCUUAUAUGUCAACAGUCUCCUCAAUGGGAUGGUCACUUGAUCUAGGUUUGGAUGUGGCUGAAAUGCUGUAUGCUCUUCAGAGUACUUCUGCGUGCUCGUGUGACGAUAUGACGUGCUCGAGUGUGUAGAUAUCUCCAGAUUGUAAUCACCAGAUCUAUCACUGCGUUCUCAUGCUCAGGGUUGGGCAGUCGAAAUAUGACGUCAGGUAUGAAGAUUAACCUUCUCAUGGAAGUGAAGUUUGAUCAUCUCGAUUUGUUCUGCUUUAGCUGUGUGACGUUCGGGAGAUUGAAGUCCGAUGUUCCUCCUUGAGAUGAGUUGUUGGGGGGAUCAUUCUUUCUGAUCCCCCAACAACUCAUGACCGCCGUGUUCCCUUUGCUCGGCAGCCACACGGUUGACAUCUGCCUUCAUGCAGAAAUCGUACCUUACCUGGAAACGUGGGAAGAAGACUGAUAGCCGUUAAGGACUUAAAAGCAGUCUCGUGGGAUCUGGCUUCUUUCCAAUUUCUCGGUCAGAUAUGGUUCUUCCAUUCGCUGCACUAGAGUUUCAAGGGCAUGUGGGGCAGCUAGCUGCGUUAUCACCUGGACACGACCAAACGAAUGAUGUGUGUCUCCUGAAAUCGAGGAAAGAAUGCUGCCUCGAUGAAGUCGCAGAGUUAUCAUCUUCGGGUUACCGAGUGAAUGUCAUACAGAAUUUUUCUCCUGAAAUCCAGGGAAUAAUGCACAGCUACUCGAAGCAAGUUCGACUCGUUGCUGGUGCCUCGAUCCCUUGGUUUCGUAGAGACUUCUUCCCAUGUGAGGAUACCCCGUCUUCUUGAAUCAGCAUUCUUUCCUACUUUCAGGAGAAGCACACUGUUCAGCACACUCGUCUCAAUGUGGCCUACUGCUCUUCACAAGUUCUCCCUGUAAGUUCAAAAAUUAGCUGAUCCUUCUUCUUUCAACUUUCAACCAUGACCUCUACGCUGUGUCUUCGUAAUAUCUAUCUACCUCAAGUGCUGCCUUGUCUUCUUUUCCUUCUUAUCUGAACGUAUUUUGCAGGUCAGAGUAUAUCAAUCCUGUGUGAUGAAGUAUCAUUCACGUUCAUAUAUAUACAUGUAUACAUAUGUAUGAAUUUGAAUGAUCCUUCAACACACAGAUCAUUCAUGGUCACCGUGAACGGGUUUUGGUAUCCAUGGUUGAGCUUUGAUUUGUAGCGGUGAACACGUGCUAAUGAUGGUCAGACUGCUUCAGAUGGGACCUCUUUCAUAAUUCAUUUUAGCUGAUCUUGGUCAGUAACCUUGCAUGAUCAUUGGCACAUAGUCAGAGAUGAGGAUGAAUACCGAGGGAAAGGUAUAUCUAACCUGGAACCUUGGGAAGAAGGCUGAAUCUUAUGGCUGCUGGACAGAGAUGUUCGCCUACGCAAGAAUCUGCCUUCUUCCCAAAGUCUCGGUUAGGUGUACUUUUCAGAUUGUCCACAGGAAGAUGGAAAUCUUGGUAUCGGAACCAAAAUACCUUUGCGCUGCAGGAGCGAAAGCUGACACUGUCCUGAAACUUCGGAAACACUGCCAAUUAUUUGGAUACAAUUCCGUCCAGAAAAACCUGAAUGCAGCGUGGAAAAUGCUCUACUUGAUCAUGAUCGCAUGUGCAACAGAAUUUCCAAGACUGGAGGAGGAACCCAGUUUUCUGGCUCGAUAAGCUCAACUCGGAAACUGAUGCAGACGCACUUGGAACGGUCGUGACAUCUAAUCCUUUUUCUGAUACCUUGAAUCUAUUGCAGAGUUGUAUUCCACCGCCGUGGGUAUGAGAAAACAGCAUUCUUCAUUUUUUUAAGAUUCCGGUAUAGUGACUGUCUUCCAGAAUGUUCACCCCUCCGAGCAACUCCUAUCAUACUUAAUGAUGCAGUCAGUGAGUGGUCAUCGAUAGCACUGUGACGAGGAACCUUUUCCUGUUGCCACGUUUAGGAUCCCUUCUCACUUCAAACCGAAAAUGAGCUUCUGACUGCUCAACUGACGUUCAUCGAGGUUGCGCUUUGUUUUCCUUAAUAAAAACUCCGAAAAUGAGCUUCUGACUGCUCAACUGACGUUUAUCAAGAUUGCGCUUUGUUUUUCUUAAUAAAACCUGAGCGAGUACAUUGGAAGCAGUACGUGAUGAAUAAAUACCCG